UGACUUCCGGCAGAGAGGGCUUGGCCCCCAGAGAGGGCGGGGAGAUGACACAGUUGUUCCCCCAGCCCUGCGGGGCGGGCAGCAUGGUUCACUCCAGCAUGGGGGCUCCAGAAAUAAGAAUGUCUAAGCCCCUGGAGGCCGAGAAGCAAGGUCUGGACUCCCCGUCAGAGCACACAGACACUGAAAGAAAUGGACCAGACACUAACCAUCAGAACCCCCAGAAUAAGACCUCCCCAUUCUCCGUGUCCCCAACUGGCCCCAGCACCAAGAUCAAGGCUGAAGACCCCAGUGGCGACUCAGCCCCAGCAGCACCCCCGCCCCCCCAGCCGGCUCAGCCACAUCUGCCCCAGGCCCAACUCAUGUUGACGGGCAGCCAGCUAGCCGGGGACAUACAGCAGCUCCUCCAGCUCCAGCAGCUGGUGCUCGUGCCGGGUCACCACCUCCAGCCACCUGCUCAGUUCCUGCUGCCACAGGCCCAGCAGAGUCAGCCAGGCCUGCUACCGACGCCAAAUCUAUUCCAGCUACCUCAGCAAACCCAGGGAGCUCUUCUGACCUCCCAGCCCCGGGCCGGGCUGUCCACACAGGCCGUGACCCGCCCCACGCUGCCCGACCCGCACCUCUCGCACCCGCAGCCCCCCAAAUGCUUGGAGCCACCAUCCCACCCCGAGGAGCCCAGUGACCUGGAGGAGCUGGAGCAGUUCGCCCGCACCUUCAAGCAACGCCGCAUCAAGCUGGGCUUCACGCAGGGUGACGUGGGCCUGGCCAUGGGCAAGCUCUACGGCAACGACUUCAGUCAGACGACCAUCUCCCGCUUCGAGGCCCUCAACUUGAGCUUCAAGAACAUGUGCAAACUCAAGCCCCUCCUGGAGAAGUGGCUCAACGACGCAGAGACUAUGUCUGUGGACUCAAGCCUGCCCAGCCCCAACCAGCUGAGCAGCCCCAGCCUGGGUUUCGACGGGCUCCCGGGCCGGAGACGCAAGAAGAGGACCAGCAUCGAGACAAACGUCCGCUUCGCCUUAGAGAAGAGUUUUCUAGCGAACCAGAAGCCUACCUCAGAGGAGAUCCUGCUGAUCGCAGAGCAGCUGCACAUGGAGAAGGAAGUGAUCCGCGUCUGGUUCUGCAACCGGCGCCAGAAGGAGAAACGCAUCAACCCCUGCAGCGCGGCCCCUAUGCUGCCCAGCCCUGGCAAGCCGGCCAGCUACAGCCCCCAUCUGGUCACACCCCAAGGGGGCGCCGGGACCUUGCCGCUGUCCCAAGCUUCCAGCAGUCUGAGCACAACAGUUACUACCUUAUCCUCAGCUGUGGGGACGCUCCACCCCAGCCGGACAGCCGGAGGGGGUGGGGGCGGGGGCGGGGCUGCGCCCCCCCUCAAUUCCAUACCCUCUGUCACACCCCCACCCCCGGCCACCACCAACAGCACAAAUCCCAGCCCUCAAGGCAGCCACUCGGCUAUUGGCUUGUCGGGCCUGAACCCCAGCACGGGAAGCACAAUGGUGGGGUUGAGCUCCGGGCUGAGUCCAGCCCUCAUGAGCAACAACCCUUUGGCCACUAUCCAAGCCCUGGCCUCUGGUGGAACCCUGCCCCUUACCAGCCUUGAUGGCAGCGGGAACCUGGUGCUGGGGGCGGCCAGCGCGGCCCCGGGGAGCCCCGGCCUGGUGACCUCGCCGCUCUUCUUGAACCACGCUGGGCUGCCCCUGCUCAGUGCCCCGCCUGGCGUGGGCCUGGUCUCGGCAGCCGCUGCGGCCGUGGCGGCUUCCAUCUCCAGCAAGUCUCCUGGCCUAUCCUCGUCCUCCUCCUCAUCUUCCUCCUCCUCCUCCACCUGCAGCGAGGGGGCAGCACAGACCCCUGGAGGCCCUGGGGGGCCCGAGGCAGGGUCCAAGCCCGAGUGAGGGCCCGCCAUGCCUCCCCUCCUACUCCUCUGACCCCCACCUCGGUCCCCCGCCUGGGAAGAGGGCGCGGAGGCCAGCGGUGGGGGCGCAGAGGGUCCUUGGAGCAGGAGUGACAAGGGAGGAAAGACCAAAAAAAACCAACCAACCAAAAAAAAAAAGAAAGAAAAGAAACCAACCAACAGAAAAGAAAACCAAAAAUAAUCACAACAGAAACCAGCUGCCCCAAAGGAACCAGAGGUGAAAAACAAACAAACAUAAAAAACCAAAAACAAACAAAAAAUUCCCCAGAAAACCAAACAAACCAAAAACCAGUCUGGAGCCAGACCUCAGUGUGCUCACCCUCACCGCUACGACACCAAAUAACCCCAGCCAGGGGUGGAGAAGCCCGGCAGGGCGGACCUCACGCCGAGCCCCUGGCUGUGGGGCCAACCCCAAGCUUUGCCUCCCCCGGCGGGGGCCAGAGAAGGAAAACAAGAAUGUGCCAGCCUCGCAGCCCCAGCCCCCAGCCCUGGGCCGGCGAGGAGAGGGCACAGCCUGGGGCAGAUGGAGUGGGCUCAGAACCACCCUCCAAAUGUUCUUUUCCAGAAGGUGAAAGAGAAAGGGCCUGAACAACCUUACACCAAAUAUUCAGUAGCUUCAUCCAAAGGAUGUACAGAAUUUUUAGCGUUGCGCUCAACAGAAUGUGUCCCUACCAUGUGUCUCCCUCUACCCUGGCCCCCAGCUCUCCCCACCUGGGCGGGGGUCUUGCUGUAACCUCCUCCCUCCCCCAGCCAGGGGAGAGUUCAGGGGAAGGCCUGGGAUGACUUCACCCCUUGUACCUCCUCCUUUUCCCUUUGAAGGGUGGGCUAGGCCGUUUUGCCAAGUUCUAGCUCUCACACGUCCCCCCUCAACCCUGUCACCCUUUUCUGCUCUGGAAUCUGCCCCCUCCCCAGCCCAUGGGAAGGUGGAAGUUUCAGGCAAGAGGGAAUGAGGUGAGGGCAUUCAAGUUGUCUUUUUUUCCAUCCUCCUCUGUCAGUUUCCCUGAAAAAAAAAAUUCAUAUUCCAGU